AUUAGUGUUACUUCUUGUUAAUUGGGUGAUUAUUGAGAAAAUUAUGAAUUUUGUAAUAUUGUAUAAUUGUGCAAUAUUAUUAUGAAUUUGUUUAAUUAUUGUGGGAGGUGUUGGGAGACUUGCUAUUAUUGUUGUAUUUAUGUGCCACGUGGUAUGCCCCUAUUGGAGCUCAAUAGGUGGUUUGUAAGGGCUCGGGCUAAUCUACCUUUGGCCGGGUAAUUUAGCACCGAGUGAGGGCUACGGCUCGAGGUUAAUGGAGGGAUAUAAGGAUGGUUGUUUGUGUUUAUUAUAAUAUUUCUUAUAUUUGUUGGAAUUAUAUUAUUUUUAAUUCUCACUUAGUAAGCACACACUUAACUGUUUGUAUACACUAUCAUAAAUUGGCUUUGGUUACUGGGACUUUUGAGUCUCAUUAUGUGGUUAACAAUUUUCAGGAGAAGAGCCACGAGUGACACGUAGAGGAGUCCCAGAGGCUUAGUGGAGGGGAGAGAUGGUGUCCAAAACUAGGAGAGGUGGCGAAAUUACCGGUGAUUCUAUAGAGCCAAUAGGAAAUGACAUACCUUCACUGCCACAACCGGAGCCCACACAGCAACAAAUUGGGCAGGGCGAGCCCAUACAGUCACAACUAAGGCAGGAUGAGCCAACUAUGAGGCAAAUGAUGGAUCUACUAUAUAAUCUUAGUGACCGUAUGAAGAGACAAGAAGAAGAGUUGGCCGCUUUAAGACAAUAUAAGGAGAAUGAUAACCGAGAGGGAAAUGGCCAACAAGAAGGAAGCCAUACCAAGGUAUUCAAUGCGAGCCAAUCUGCUGAUGAAGGCUUACCUCCCUAUUCUCACCAUGAGACUAGUCCGAAGAAUGUGAGUCUCCACUCUGAGCAACAGACAUCCACGAUCACAAAGAUCUGGAGUACUUUUCGUAAGUUUAAUCCUCCUACUUUCGAUGGGAAUCUUAAGCCGGCGGUAGUUGAAGAAUGGAUAGAUCAAUUGGAGAGUAUUUUUCGUAUGGUUGUGUGCACUUCUAAUCAAAAGGUGCAGCUGGCAAUAUUCCUACUACAGAAGAGUGCUAAGAAAUGGUGGGAAACAUCAGGACCGAAGGAUGAUUCCUCUCUUACUUGGGAAGAUUUUAAAGCCAUAUUGUUCGAGAAUUAUUUUCCUACUGCACUGAGAGCAGAAAAGGAGGCUGAGUUUCAUGCAUUCCGUCAGGGUGAUUUAGAUGAGGAUGAAUUUAUUGAACAAUUCUCAGAAUUAUCUAAAUACUCUACUUACCUCCAGAAACAUGAAGACACGGAGUGGAUGGCUGAACGAUUACUAGAGAAGGCGAGGCCUGAUCUAAGGGAACAGUUAGCCCCUUUUGAGAUCAAGACAUUCAGUGAGAUGUGCAAUAAGCUUCGAAUAGUUUCUCGGAGGAAGAGAGAGGCUAGAUUAGAAGCUGAUAGAGAGAGGAGGAAAGAACCUCAUGGGAAGCCCCCUAUCCACACCCGACCCAUUGGUGGAGUAGAGAAGAGGAGCAGUCAAAUCUUUGGAGGUUUUAGAAAUCAGAAGAAGAAGGGCUACUAUCAUAAGGGCCAGAGCUACAGAGGGAAUCAGAGUGGAAGUCAAGGGUCCUAUAGGAGCCCAGCUACCUUUAAUCCUACUCCUAGUGCUGCUAGUAAUCAAGCAUGCAGUAAGUGUGGGAAGUUUCAUUCUGGUGAUUGUUGGGUUUGUUACAUCUGUCAGAAGCCUGGUCAUAUUGCUAGAUUCUGCUAUCAAAACCAAAAUAGGGGUAAUGAUCAGAGACCUACAGUACCAGCACGAGUGUAUGCCCUCUCUGGGCCAGAGGCUGCUAACAACCCUAAUGCUAUCCGAGGAGAAGAGCCACGAGUGACACGUAGAGGAGUCCCAGAGGCUUAGUGGUAUAGAUCCACUGUCUCUUUUGGAUAUUUAAUUUAUGAUUUAUAAUGUGUUAUAUUGCCAAUAUUAGGACUUUUUUAUGUUUAUUGUCAAUUAUAUGAAUAUAUAAAUGUAAUCAUGCCUUUCAAACUAUUUCUAUUUUUGGUACAAUUUGGAUGACUGUAAUUUUAAUAUUUGGUUUACUUUGGAUUGGUUAAAAUGGCAUGAUUAUAAGGUCAAAUAACUGGCUUGUGUUGAAAAUUGAUUAAAUUGCUUAUUUUACUUGUUGGGAGUAUAAGGAUGGACAAAUGUAAUUUAGUUUACUUGUUGGGAGUAUAAGGAUGGACAAAUGUGAUUUAGCCUAAUGGCAUGUGGGAGGUAAAAAUUUAUCUGAAAUGUUAUAGUGUGUGAGUUGAAGCCAAUUAUAAAAUAUUUUAUAUCAAAAUUAUUGAUAUAAA